CCCUCAUCUAGAGGUGUCUUACAUCAGCUUAGUGUGCCUGAAUCCGAGAAACUUCGGAGAGAAAGAGCUUUGUUUUUAUCCUCAAUCUUUCACAUACUUGGAAUACAAAAAUACUGGACAAAUGGUUUAAACAGCAACCCAAAAAGAGUGAACGUCCUGUCUCCGUUUGAGAUGAAGCAGCUUUGGAAGAUGCUCUUUCCGCUCCUUAUCCUGCUUUACCUAUUGGGAGCUGUCAGACCUCAAGUCAAUCCAGGUGUAUGUCGCUCUCCAUUAGGAAUGUCUGGAGGGCAGAUCUUAGAUGAAGACAUCUAUGCUACCAGUCAGUGGUCCGAAUCCACAGCAGCAAAAUAUGGCAGAUUGGACAGUGAGGAAGGCGAUGGCGCCUGGUGUCCUGAGAUAGCACGAGAACCAGAGACUAUGAAGGAGUUCCUGCAGAUAGACCUUCAUUCUCUGCACUUCAUCACUCUGGUGGGUACACAGGGACGUCAUGCCGGAGGCAUGGGUAAUGAGUUUGCCCAGACAUACAAGAUCAAAUACAGUCGUGACGGUAGCCGCUGGAUCUCGUGGCGCAACAGGCAGGGCAAACAGGUGAUUGAGGGGAACAGGAAUGCCUAUGACAUCGUGCUGAAGGACAUGGAGCCACCCAUCAUCGCACGUUUUGUCCGCUUCAUGCCCGUCAUCGAUCACUCAAUGAACGUUUGCAUGCGCGUGGAACUGUAUGGCUGUGAGUGGCUCGAUGGCUUGGUGUCAUAUAAUGCUCCAGUUGGUCAGCAGAUGACCCUAAAUGGACAGUUUGUUUUUCUCAAUGAUUCUGUUUAUGAUGGAGCCAUGAGUAACAGUAUGACAGAAGGUCUUGGACAACUGACUGAUGGUAUGUCUGGUUUGGAUGACUUCACACAUAGCCAUGUGUACAAUGUCUGGCCUGGAUAUGACUACGUCGGCUGGACCAAUGAGAGCUUUCCCAAUGGUUUUGUUGAGAUUAUGUUUGAGUUUGACCGCACCCGCAACUUCACCACCAUGAAGGUACACUGCAACAACAUGUUUUCACGAAGGGUGAAGACCUUUCAGAAGGUGGUGUGUUAUUUCCGGUCUGAGUCGGACUGGGAGGCCACUCCCAUAUCGUUCAACCCUGUGAUGGACGAUGUCAAUCCUAGUGCCCGCUUUGUCACCGUGUCUCUCCAGAAUCACAUGGCCAGUGCUAUCAAGUGCCAGUACUACUUUGCUGACAUUUGGAUGAUGUUCAGUGAAAUCACCUUCCAGUCAGAUACGGCGAUGUACAACACAACGCUGCCUCCGAUCCCUCCUUCCAUCAGCAGUCAGCCAGGUUAUCUUCUCUCUAUCCCCUUCUCAGGGGAUGAUCCCACCCACAAAGUAGAUGACAGCAACACCCGGAUUUUGAUUGGCUGCCUGGUUGCCAUCAUCUUCAUCUUAGUGGCUAUUAUUGUUAUUAUUCUAUGGAGACAAGUGUGGCAAAAGAUGCUUGAGAAGGUGUCUCGGAGGAUGCUGGACGAUGAACUAACUGCUAGUCUGUCAAUACAGAGUGAGACCUUCACAUAUAACAACAACAACAACAACACUUCCUCAGUGUCCAUCGAGCAAGAGUCAAACUCCGCUUAUGAGCGCAUCUUCCCUCUGGGACCCGACUACCAGGAGCCUUCACGCUUGGUCCGCAAACUUCCAGAGUUCUCACAAACAUCAGAGGAUGUUGCAUCAACCAGUACAGCUUCCAAGUCUCCACCGGCGAGCGCACAAGAUGGUGUCCCGCAUUAUGCUGAAGCUGAUAUUGUCAACCUGCAGGGUGUGACAGGAGGCAACACUUAUGCUGUUCCUGCCCUCACCAUGGACUUGCUGUCAGGGAAGGAUGUUGCUGUGGAAGAGUUUCCACGGAAACUACUCACCUUUAAAGAAAAGUUGGGAGAGGGGCAGUUUGGAGAGGUGCAUUUGUGUGAAGCAGAAGGAAUGCAAGAUUUUAUGGAUGAGGAUUUCUCCUUCGACGUCAUUGAAAACCAAACAGUGCUCGUAGCUGUUAAGAUGCUUAGAGCAGAUGCUAAUAAAAACGCAAGAAAUGAUUUUUUGAAGGAGAUAAAGAUCAUGUCACGGUUGAAAGACCCCAACAUUAUCCGGCUCCUGGCGGUGUGUAUGAGCUCUGAUCCUCUGUGUAUGAUCACAGAGUACAUGGAGAAUGGAGACCUCAAUCAGUUCCUAUCUCGCCAUGAACCCGAGGGCAUGAUCGCUUUACUCAGCAAUGCUCCAACUGUCAGCUACAGUAACCUACACCACAUGGUCACACAGAUCGCAUCAGGCAUGAAGUAUCUCUCCUCACUAAACUUUGUGCAUCGGGAUCUGGCCACCCGCAACUGCCUAGUGGGGAAGAACUACACAAUCAAGAUCGCAGACUUUGGCAUGAGUAGGAACCUGUAUAGUGGAGACUACUACCGCAUCCAGGGAAGAGCUGUACUGCCCAUCCGCUGGAUGUCCUGGGAGAGCAUUCUUCUGGGGAAAUUCACGACAUCCAGUGAUGUAUGGGCUUUUGGAGUGACUCUUUGGGAGAUGCUGACCUUCUGCAAAGAGCAGCCAUACUCACAGCUAUCAGACGAGCAGGUCAUUGAAAACACAGGGGAGUUCUUUCGGGAUCAAAGGAGACAGAUAUACUUGCCCCAGCCACCAAUGUGUCCCGAUCCCAUCUACAAGGUCAUGUUGAGCUGCUGGAACAGGAACACCAAAGAGCGUCCAUCCUUCCAAGAGAUUCAUUGCACCCUAAUGGAGUGCAAGCCAUAGUGUUCAUUUAUGUGCCAACCAUGGCACUCCCAUAGACUUUAAGUGUGCCCACAGGACUCCAAUCAACCACACCACCACAGGCAUUUAUCUUCCCAUAGUCAAAGAGAUCACAAUCCAUCAUUCUUCUGUAGAAGUUUCAUUGUGAGUAAGCAAAAGCAAACUGGUAUAUAUUGUACAAAUAAAUUGUACAGGUUUUUUAUCCCCUAAUUGAAUGGCUUUGGUUUGCAUGCAAUAAAUAGGCAGGACUAGUCCAAAUAAAUGUAGCAAUAAUUUAAGGCAGAAUAAUUGUGUAUUUUCCUCAACAACACUUUUUUAUUGAAUAAAAUGUGCCAUAAACAUUUGCCAUAAAAGCUAUAAAGGAAUAUACAAGUAAAUUAGACAAAACAUACAGUCAUUGGCAAUUAAUGUGCCUUAUGUGAUUAUUUCCAUGUUGUUUUCAGUGUGUUUAAGCCGAAGACAGCUUGAAUGUAAAUAAAAAGGCAUUUUAAAUGACAUUCAGAUUUACUUAAGGUUUUAUGUUGAGGUAAUAACGUUUGUGUAUAUGUUCAUCUCAUUUAUUAAAAAUUUACAUUUUUGUUAUUCUACUUUUUCAUUGUAUUAAGCUUAAGAAACACUUUCAAACAAGUGGAUUAACAGACACAGAAGUAAAUUUAUCUGUUAUAAGUUCAGUACAGUAGCCUAUAUAAAAUCAAUUCAAAAGCUUUAAAUUGGUCAAAAGAUUUGUGUGACAUUGUACAAUUUUAAGUAGUGGUAUUCUGUAACUACCUAUAUGUUGUGUUGAUAUUUAAAUGUAUUGCAUUACAUAAGUGUACUUAAACUCUGUUCCUUUUUGUUAUUCUAAAGAAUUAUGUUUAAUGAAAUUAGUGAUUAUUUAAAACUUGUAAUAUUGACAUUUGUGUCUUUUCCUUUUAUUUUCUUGGUUUAAGACAGUGUUAGUCGACCAGAGAUUGAGUAUUGAGUCCAAACCACAUCCAGCUUUAUCUGUACUCUGACUCGACACUCGAUCUUUGGUCUUGGUUUGGAGUUGGACUCGACUACAAAACAAUUGUUGCAUAAAAACAUUUAAUAUCUGAAAUUUCAGCAUUUUCAUUUUCAUUUAAAAAAGCUAUGAAUUUACAUAAUUCUUUUAAAGAAUUGACUUAGUUACAAUAUUUGCAUGAAUCUGGAUGAAAUCCAAUGUAAUAAUGUUAUUUCAGAAUUUCACAUUUUUAUGUUUUGUUUGUCCUUUACGUCAUGUGUAAUAUUAUUUUGAAAGUAGACCAAAGGGAGAUUAUAACAUCAUUUAAUGAGUAUCUAUUGAAACUAUGAAAAUAGGCUUAUUUUAAAGCUGUCUUAUUUUUUGUAUCAGAGUGCAUUCAAGGUGGUGCUGAUGAAUUGCUUAUGUUAUGUUGGAUAAAUACUGGAUUUGUAAUGAUCAGAUGCACUAUGAUGGUUUACAGUAUGUCAUGAUAUGUCUUUGCAUGUGAAAUUUGCUGUAAAUGGGAUACUCCAAAAUAUUAUUUGCAGUUAAUGUGUAAAUUGUAUACUUGUAAAUCUUUUUGUAAGGUCAUUUGUAUAUGACUAUAAUAUUGAGAAAUUGUGCACCUUUUGUUGUCAGUUGAGAUAUCUGCCGUGUGAUCUAGUUGUGGGUAUAAAAGUUUCUGGCCUAUGUACAGCUGAAUAUUACAUUCUUGACAUGACUGAUUAAGUUGAAUUAGCCUAUAGAUAUGCCUUCUUUCUAUGCACUUUUUAAUUGUUGAUUGUUUCAUUAGCUUGUUUUCAUAGAAACUCAGUUUCUCAAUGCCAUAAUCAAAUCAUCAUCUACAUAUAAAAUAGCAUAGCCCUUCCUUAGGCUUUGAAGUUAUCAAAUAAUUGCAAAUGUGCAGCAUACCUGUAUCAUAUUUUCUAUAUUUGACAAUGAAUGGAAAAAGAACUGGACCUAUUUUAUUCAAAAUACCUUGCAUUUAUUUCUUUAAUAAUUGGAUUCUGUUUUUGUAUUUCUCUAAAUUAAACUUUGUGCUGUACUCUUUUUUUAUUUUUCUUGAUUUUUACUAGCAUUGUACAUGUUAGGGAACUGUACAUAUGAUAAUAAAUUGAUUAAUCUUUAAAAUUGUUAAGACAUUUUGAAAUAAUAAAAUAUCUCAUUCCAUA